AUGCAGGUUGCUUCAGCGGUUUCCACUCUGAAAGCUAAUCCCUCAGACUCGGUCAAAGAGACCGAGGAACUUCCAAAUUCUUUGAAACCUAUGAAUCCUAUGGAUUAUUCUUCAACACAUGAGGAUGAUGACGACGAUGUCAGUGAUUUGGGCGAGGUUGUUGAUGCCAACAGCCGUUCGACGUCUAGUCACGGCGAAAUUUCUGAUGUGCCGGAUACCGAUGAUUCCGACAUGGCAAAGCAAAUUGAGGCUGCCGGGGAAGGCGAAUCUUUAAUUGGUUCAGAUGAUUCCAGCGAUGAAUCUCAACUCGCCAAAGAGGAGCAAUACAUGAUUCGGGAUGCUGCUUGUCAUCGGCAGGAUGUUAAUCUUUUCGAUGACAAUAACGUUUGGGAUAGCUUGACACCUGCUGGAUUAUCCCUUGAGCGCCAGGAUGUAAUUGCUGAUGAACUUUUUAAACCCCAACGAGGUUUUGCUUCAAGUCCUGAGCCUUCAUUUUCUGACUUUUUUGACUCUUCCGAUGAGAUGGACGCCCAGCACGGCACUUUGAAUGACGACGAGAUUCUCACUACUGAUGAAUCAUCAGGGGAUUGUGAUGAUACUAGUUCAACGGUGAGCGACGUGGGGUCUUUAUCUGUUCCUCUGAUAGCCCAUAUGGGCCCUUCGCAUGAGCCAGAUGGUAACAAACAUGAUUCUAAGCCCGAAGAUGUGCCAAGCGAUGAAGCAGCAUUAAAAACUGCCAUCCCUUUGCUUGUUAUUGAAGACCUUGAUGGACGCCUCAUUUAUGCCAGGGCAGGAGACGGCGAGGCAGUAUUUGGCUCAGAUGGUGAGUUUGAGUUUGCUGGUGAGAGUGAUGAGGAGAGCUCAGAAAACGAUACCUUUCAUGGAACUACCAAUUCUGCUCACCCAUCACACGUUUAUCCCCCCAAGGAAGAGGGUGUAUUCAAUGCUGAUAACUCUCUUAUGGAUGAUGGAGAUACGACCGACGAACUCCCUGACGAGGACAUGCCCUACCCGCGCCUAUUAAUCGGCUCGAUCGCGCCAAAAGGCGGUCGCAAUGCACGCAGAGCCCGUGAAAUUGCGGCACGUACGCGUUGCUCUUCACGUUUGAGUUCACCUGCACCAAGUGCAUCGAAUGUCCCUACGGCAAUGACGCCCAAGAAACCUAGCUCUCUUUCUAAUGUGAUUACCAUUGAUGAUGACGAUAAUGGGCAUGAAAAUCCAUCCGGUCGAGCCUCUGUUGAACAUAAAGAUAGCCAGUCGGCCGCGACCCAUGUGCGUGAAACAAAGGAGCCGACUACUCCGAAGGACAACUAUUUGGAGGAAUCCAAACCUAUGAUGGGCCAGUUCAUGCCUGCAUUCUCUAAAUCAGUCCAUCGUGCAGUCAUUGAUGGAUCGCAUUGUGCGCCGUCACCUUUUAACGCAUUGCACAACAUGCAACGAGAUUUGCGACGAAAGCGCUCACAAACUGCUGUUGAGAGCUCAUUCGACCGGACCAUAAACCAAUCCUCUCAAAAAACCAAACGUAAACGCACGUAUCCGCUUUCCAUGAAAGCUCAGGAUGCUGAUUUGGACAAUGCCGGCAAACAGUCAGAAACAUUGGGUUCUUCUCCGGAACCUCCUGAUUCGACCAAUGGGGAAAUGAUGGACGUAAGUGAUGUUUUGGAUGAGGGUCUUCUUUGGCAAGAUUCGACCAGUGACUCCAGUGAAGAGGAUGCGUCCGUAAAUAAAAAUGCUGUUCCGUGGCGCAAGCGCUUAUCCUCAUCAGGACCACAUGAUCGUGCAUUUGCUAGGUGGAAUCGUAUUCCGAUGGGUGCCUUCCGUACUGCUCAAGAGAAGGGUAUCUCAAACGAUGUUUCGCCUGUUUCGGAUGCCUAUAUGACUCACCAGCGACCUAGCACAAACGACACCGUUUAA